UGGCAAGCAGUUUACGUGCUUAAACUUAAUGAUUUUACGGUGACUGCUGUUGUAACGAGCAGGGGAGCUAAGACUUGUCUUUGCUGUGUUAAAGGUAGUGAAAUGUUACACUCGCAGAAGCAGGAAGGAUGAUAAACGGUGUCUAAUUAUAUCGAAUAACGGAGGUACUUUAAGUAUUCAGGACAAUUGACAGAGCGACAGACACACAAGAUGGCGGUGAACAGCAGUGCUGGCAUUCUGAGCUCUGCUUACCUUGCUGUCGAGUAUGUGGACUCAGUAUUGCCAGACAAUCCGCUGCAGCAGUCCUUUAAGCAUAUGUGGAAUUACAUGCUCAACAAUUAUACUAAGUUUGAGAUCGCAACUUGGGGUUCUCUAAUAGUCCAUGAACUCAUCUACUUUUUGUUCUGCUUGCCUGGAUUCAUUUUCCAGUUUAUUCCUUACAUGCAGAAGUAUAAAAUACAGCCGGACAAACCAGAAACUUGGGAAAAACAGUGGAAGUGCUUCAAAAUGUUGCUGUUCAACCAUUUCUGCAUUCAGCUGCCAAUGAUCUGUGGCACUUACCACUUUACUGAGUUCUUCAACAUUCCAUAUGACUGGGAUACAAUGCCUCGAUGGCCUUACAUUUUAGCGCAAUGCUUUGGCUGUGCAGUAAUUGAAGAUGCAUGGCAUUACUUCUUGCACAGGCUUCUUCACCAUAAAAGAAUAUAUAAAUAUAUCCAUAAAGUUCAUCAUGAGUUCACAUCACCAUUUGGAAUGCAAGCAGAAUAUGCACAUCCUUUAGAAACAAUUAUCCUGGGUGCUGGUUUCUUCAUUGGCAUUAUGGUAUUUUGUAAUCACAUGAUUCUUCUCUGGGCUUGGGUAUGUGUUCGUCUUCUGGAAACAAUUGAUGUACACAGUGGCUAUGAUAUCCCCAUGAAUCCACUGCAUCUUGUGCCUUUCUAUGCUGGGGCCCGCUUCCAUGAUUUUCACCACAUGAAUUUUGUUGGGAACUACUCUUCUAGCUUUACUUGGUGGGAUAAAAUCUUCAGCACAGAUUCUCAGUACAAGACCUAUCAAGAAAAAUGUGAACAGAAGAAGACGGAGUGAGCAUUCUUUAAGACUUUGUAAGUUUUAACACUUGUCUAAUGCAUUUUAAAUGCACAUGCAACUCUUGAUGAUGCACUGAUUGCUCACUGAGUGGAAGGAAAUAUAAGAAGAAGAAAAUUGAACAUUUAUAGAAUCCUGCUUUGGCUUUUAAGAAGCAUCAUACAGUACUUACUAUAAGUGGUUGGACAAAAUUCCAUCAUUCUUCAUGCUACAUUAUAAAUAGCCUGCAAGACAACCUCAAAAGCACUGAUUCUGAGUUUUGCAUUGAGCCCUGAAAGGUAAAGAAGCUGUUCUUUUGUGCUUUUUAAUAUAUAAGCUUUAUUUAAUAAUAGUCAGAGUUUCAUGUGUCACCAUAAUGUUUCACAGUAUUUGUGUUCUGUUGGAAUGGUUUACCGUCAAGGCAUUUUCUAGUUUCCCUGAGAUAACAAAUGAACGUCUAGCUUGCAACACUUCAUACUGCACAUGAUAGGUAUUUAAUACAACACAAAUAUUAUACUGUCCCCUAGUGUUACUCCUAUGUAUUUGGUCACUCAGCCUCUUAGUACGAGUUGCAAUGCACAGACUGCAUGUUUGUUAUUUAUAUUUCAUUUGGUUAUUACACAACAAGGAAACCAUGACGGAACCUUCUUCAGGGUAUCAAAAUAAUGUGAAUUCCUUACUCUUCAAAGGUGAAGUAAAAUAAGGGCUGAAAAUAAAUGUUCACCACUUCUUAUGGUAGAUCAAAAGUCUGUUGUCGUACUGUCAGGCUAUUUUAAACCAAUACAUUUGAGAAACAGUUUAACCAUUAUCCAUACCGAAGUCUUUCUAUGAUUUGUCAUUAACAGAACAAAUUGUAAUUUUUGUGUCAGCGAAACACAAGAAAUUAGUGCUCAGCAUGCCACAGGGGGAAAUUAAUUUCAUUAAUCAGAAAGGUGCCUUUUAUAAAAACGAUAUAUUGUCAUUGUAAUAUGUUACUAUUUUGCAAGUACUUUGAGAUGAUUAAGACAUUCCCCAGUGUUAAUGUUUUUGCAGCAGAUUUGGCAAAAAUGAAGUACCUUUCUGCGUUGACACAUAAAGGAGGGCUGACAGACAACACCCUGAUGAUAUGAACGUUGAAGGCCAAAUGCUGUGAUGUGCAAGGGAGUGGUUUCCCUUUUCACUGCUGGUUUCUGCCUUACACCCAGUGUGGCUAGGAAUGGGCUGUGGCCAUUUUGCAAUCCUGUAAUGGAACACAUGGGUUUAGAUCCAUGCCUCUGUCAUUGUUAUAUGUGGAGCCUUGGACAUCCCUGAUUAUUUAAGUGCUGACUUAUGAAAACUUAUAUAUAAAAAAAAAUACUAUUCAUGUUUGACUUUCAUAUGAAAGUCUGUAGUGUUUACACGUAGGGUCUUGUUUUGUUUUAAAUGGUGAUAUGGUGGUGAGAUGAUUAAUGCUGCUGCCUCACAGCACAAGAGUUCUACAUUCAGUCCUCAGUUCAGGCACUGUCUUUCUUCACUUUGCACUUAAAUGCCCGAAUUAACUUUUUUUUCAGGGGACUUCUUAAGAGUUGCAUUAAAUUACUCUAAAUAAGAUGUCUCUGUGAAUGUUUGUUUGUUGGUGGGCUACGCACCAUCAUCUGUGGUCCUCUGCUGAAUUAAGUGAACCUGAUAAUGUAUGGAAGGUGUUUUUGUUUUAUAAAAACCUAACUGAAUACAAAAGCUAGUCCCAUAAUGAUCAUUUAGCAGAAGCAAAACACGAGCGCCAAGCAGUAGUGACAGACACCAUAUUUGUAUUCCAAAUAUUGAGAGUCCGAGGUAUUCCUGUAUGUACACCUUUAGUGUAGCUGUGCCUAACACUUUGACAUAUUUCACCUCUGCAGAUGUACUGUGUGUUUCCUAAUGUGAAACUAAAUAAUGAAGUUACCAGUCGAAGUGCCCGGCCUUGCUGUUAUAAGUAAAUGGGGGGAAAAAAAUCAUUUGGAAAUGCAACACGGCUAAACAUAACCCAAAAUGAGACAAAAAGGUGUGCUCUUAGACAACAGCUGUAAUCCAGCAAGACAAUAAAACUGUUAUCCAAAUUAGCUGGAAAGAAAAUGCUGUACAUACCUGGUGGUGUUUUAAGAUCGCGCUUAUGCUGGUGAAAAACUUUGUUGUGCAUCCCGUUUACGAAAUUCUACAGCAUCCGUAGCAUACUCCUGCAGCCUGAUGGGAAUUGUAGUCCCUGCUUCAGCGCUGGUUUUUGGGUUGCCCCCCUACCAUUCUAACCCCUCUCUCAGAUCUGACACACAGCCUGUAUUUUAAGUCAGACAAAGGACAAGGAACAUGCAACACUUUGUGAAAUUCGGUUCAGCUGAUUUUUUUGCGUGAUUAACAAAAUGCUUAUGAUUUUAUUUAUACACUGUGAAAGGAAACGCCUUGACACAGGAAAAAGGUUUGGGGCAGCCGCCCACUGCAAAGAAAUGAAAAUUGAUAGUACGGCAGUGUACAGGUUGAGUCCAAAUCACAACUGAGUUCCCAAGCUGCAGUUGACUGUUUAAGGCAGGUUGGCGGAAGUGAUGACAUCGUGACUGGAACAGGAAGUGAUGUAAUCGAAGCCGGAACAGGAAGUUACACCAUCUGGGCCAGAAACUGGAACCGACAACAUAGGGUCCAGGCAGAAUUUCCCGUGUUUGGUCUGCAGGAAUAAAAGAGAGAGGUUUACUGCACCCUGCCACCCACUGGCUUGGCGUGGAAUUACCUUCUUUUGGUCCUUUUAGCUGCCUCCCAUACGCAUGUGCGUGACAACACAUUAUGGCAGUUGACACAAUUUUACUGCAGUAUUUCAGAGUUAUGUUUAUUAAAAUGAUAGUAACUAAGUUAAAAAUAAAUCAAGAGUCAUGACAAAAAGAGGUGUGCUUGUUUGAGAACUACAGAGGCAAUAUGAGGUUUUUGGAAACAAUCAAGUGGGGUUCAUAAGGCUGUUUUGGGUCUUCUGUAUUAUCAAUGAGGGUUAUUCUGGUUCUUGUUUCUUUGUUUUGUAGUACAUUGGUAUGUACAAAAGACUCUUUAAAUGGGAAUUUCUUAAAACUUCUUUGCAAAGGAUAAAUGAAAGGGAGUCUUUCAUUCAUAUUUGUGAAAUAGUUUUUGUUUUGCCCACUUACCACUGCAUAGCAUUCAAAAAAGCAACUUUUACAAUUAUUUUUUUUAAAAGAACAGAAUACCAUAACCUUAUAGUUUUUAUUCCAUGUAUAGAAAGUACUAGAUAUUACCCUGCUUGAUACUGUACAUAUUUUAAUUUGGAUGGACAAAUUCAUAUAACUAAAUGUUUACAUUCAUUAAAAGUUAUAUUCAUUGUCAACAUCUGGAAAUUGUGGAAUGUUAACUUGCAAAAAUUUGUAAAAUAAACUUUUUUCAUGAUUGA